AUGUCUCUCGAAGCGAUUGACAGCAAAUUGGCGGAGCUGCGAAGCACUCUUGAGAACAACUCGCGGCUUCUGCCUGAUCUUGUGCCGCACUGGAGCGACGCUCCCGACAUCAUCGACGAUCUCGUGCGCACGCUGUUCUGCCAGGCGCGAGCCUGGCUCGAGGAGCUCCACCGCGGAAGCCAGGACAUUUUCCAGGCCAUCCAGUGCGUCUUGGACGCCUUUGUGGACUUCCAGCGAGAUCGCGUCGUGCAAGUGCCGAAUUUGAGAGAUUUGCAGCGAGUUUGUGAGACUUUCUUCCAGUGUCUCAAGGACAUCAGCGAGCAGUUUCUGUUCGUCCACACCAAUCGCAUCACGGGGCUGAUUUGCGCCUUGUCCAACACCGAAGAGGCCGUUUUCAGUGACUGGUGGAAUAGUGUGAUCGCGACGACGCAACAGUUCAUAAGAUGCACACUUAUUUACGAGGAACAGCCGGGGCCCAUCAUAAUGAAUGGGAGGAUUAUUAAGGGCAAAGUGAGAUGGCUCAUCGGCUCGCAACUCGACGAAAAGAUCAAGGAACUCAAAGGACAAAUAUCAGUUCUUCAUGAAGAACAUAUAAACAGCAUGAUGCAAGGAAUACACAUCGAUCAUCAAGGCACCUUUUCACUUGUGAAUAGCGAAGUGAAUUUUGAAGUGAAUCAAGAAGUUUAUGCCAAAUUCAACAAUUGUAAAAUUAAAACUUUCAGAAGAAACUUUUCCAUAAGAGAAAAUACAAAUUUAACUGAUGAAAAGUUCGCCGUUGUGUUUCGCACAAACAUUGUGUGGAAUGAUAAGGAACUUGAGGUUUCGGUAAUUUCACUUCCCGUUUGCCGAGCAAUUCACGGUGGACAGGCUCCAUAUUGCGACGGAAGGAUUAUGUGGGAUUAUGCGUUCGCUGACAAGAACAGAUCUGCUUUUGUGGUUCCCGAAGAAGUCUGUUGGAUCGAUUUUGCAAAUGCGCUCAGCAGAAUGUGGACAUCUUGGGUUGGAUGUCCUUUGAAUGAUCAACACUUAGCUUAUUUCUAUGACAUUAUAUUUGAUGAGCGUUCGAAUGGAGAUGUGAUUGAAACGCGGCCUGUUUCAUGGAAACAAAUCACCAGGAGUUGUCUUAAGGGAACGAGUUUCGAAUUUUGGUUCUGGUUUUACCGCACCAUGAGUGUGACUAAGAAUCAUUUCAGAAGUCACUGGCAAAAUGAUUAUGUUUAUGGAUUUAUUCACGAAGACUUCGCUCACGCUCUAUUGGAAUCCUUGCCAAUCGGCACUUUUCUCUUGCGCUUUCCCAAUUCAGCGUGCGGAAUGAUUUUAAUUGAUGUCGUAUUGGAAAAUUCACAAGUGUCCUCAUUGGGACCAUUUUACAAUUUUUUUCCGUCUUUUGAUGAAUUCAUCAAUAGUUUCGCGGAUUUGAAGUUCUUAUUUCCAAACAUUCCGAAAACCAUUGCAUUUCCAACGUCAGCAUUGAAUGAUACAAAAUAA